AAAAAUUGUGAGCUUACAUUUGAGUUAUUCACGAAGAACGCGUCUUUAAAUAUAAUUUAUUUUAAUUCUUAAAAUGAAAAACAGCAGGUCACAUUUGAAUCGUUUCAUUCGAUUACAAAUUCCAUUUGAUCUGUGUUAGAGUAUCGUAGAAUAAAACGGUACUGUAAAGUAUCUUUACUUUUGUAUCAAAUUUACAAUGCACAUUCUGUCGGUUGUAUUACGCGGUAAAAGGUAAAUAGGGUGUACGGUGCGCGCGCAAAAAUCAAUGCCGCAAAUUUUCAAAGCAUGCGCUCGGUCGCGCGACAUUCGCAUCCAUAUUACGCGUAAAGAAAUAAAUAAGGUAGCGAUCAGGUGCAAUUAACUGAUCGAAAGAAAGUGUAUGGUGCGGUUAUUGGUGAAGUUCGGUUAAAAGAACUGACCGUCGAAGCUCUUCUUAAACGAUGGAGUCAUAAAACGGUCAGUGACUUGGUUCUUUCUUGAUUGUUCUCAACAAACGUCCCGAUUAAUAUGGAUGAGAAUUUGAGUCGUGGCUACAUACAAUUAGGCAAGGCGAGAGGCAUGAAUGAAUUCAAAUUCUCCAAUGGGUUCACUCAUCUGUCACCACCGGUUGACAGACGCAACUUCAUCUACUUUGCCCUUAUUCUUGGCGGUGUGGGAUUCCUCUUGCCGUACAACAGCUUUAUCAUAGCUGUGGAUUUUUUUCAAGAGAUAUAUCCCGGCAGUACUGUAAUAUUCGACAUGUUAGUUGUCUACAUCACUGUGGCCUUUUUUGCAGUGUUUGCAAACAACAUCUUAGUUGAAACACUGUCUUUGAAUACGCGGAUAACAUUCGGAUAUGUGGUAUCCUUCGUUACCUUGAAUUUCGUUGCAAUAUGCGUGAUUUGGAUCAAAUGUUUCGACGUCGAAACUUCAUAUACGAUUAAUUUGGUUGCCGUUGCAGUAGUGUCGUUUGGAUGCACAGUUCAACAAUCGAGCUUCUAUGGAUACACGUCUAUGCUUCCCAGUCAGUAUACUCAGGCGGUAAUGGCUGGAGAAAGUAUCGCUGGCCUUUGGGUGUCUAUAAAUCGAAUUCUUACGAAAUCCUUGCUCGACGACGAACGCAGGAACACGUCCACAUUUUUCAUUUUGUCAAUUAUAACGAUCCUGAUAUGUUUCGUCUUACAUCAAAUAGUUCGUAAAACUGAUUUUGUGCAAUUUUAUUUAACGUUAUGUCAAGAGAGAAAUCGAAUUACAUUGGAACCGACGGAAGAUGUAGGUUUGAUGGAUCCUCUGGAUCAAGUCGGAGACCCUUCGAAAGGUCAGUAUGGAGUUCUAAAAAUUCAAACUAGUCCUGUGGGAAACGAAACUACGAGCGGUAAUACCGAUUCGAAUGGAACAAAUCAGUAUUCAGCAUUUUCGUUCAGUAAUCCCGUGUAUGAACCGAGUGCACCAUCAGGAAAUCCUCCCGGUAGCGCUGGUCCUACCUACAAAGUUGAAGACGUUGUCGUUAUGAGAGGAGCGUAUGCCGCUCAAAACAGUAAACAGUGGUCUGAAAUAAAAAGGGGGUUACUUGCAAGAAUCGAAGUGGCAAAAAUAAUAUUUCCAUACAUGUCCAGCAUCGGCGUGGCGUAUUGUGUUACAGUCUGCCUAUAUCCUGGUAUCAUGUCCGAAAUAAUUUCUUGCAAGCUUGAAUCGUGGAUGCCGGUUAUUUUAAUGGCGGCGUUCAAUGUUUUCGAUGUAUUGGGCAAGCAACUCGCAUUAAUACCUUACGAAUGGAAACGCAAUCAGUUAUUAUAUUUUGCGAGUGUACGGAUCGUAUUAAUUCCCUUGUUCUUGCUAUGCGCGCUACCAAGAGGUGCUCCGAUCCUCGCAGGAGAAGGAUAUCCGUUAUUAUUUUCUUGUCUUCUUGGCGUUACGAAUGGUAUUGUUGGGUCGGUACCAAUGAUUCAAGCACCGGCCAAAGUUCCAGAAGGGCUUCGCGAGUUAGCAGGUAAUAUCAUGACAAUAUCGUACAUCACGGGUUUAAUAGUUGGCUCGUUAUUGGCAUACAUGAUGCACGCGUGCUUUGGAUUGUCAUUGCAAACCAAAGACGUGUGUUCCGAGAUAUUAAAAUCAUCGGUGAUACCACUUAACAAUACGACGCCAAGUAUUAUGAUAAACGCUAUGUCUUCCACUUUACCCACGUUAGAAAAUAUUACACCAAAGGUAAAGACUACCGUCAAUGUCUUGUCAACUCUUUUAACGUCCACUUUAAUUUCUAAUACUACCGUUAGUACGUUAACUACCGGCAUCAUGGUGGCAUCUACAACCGUAUCUCCUAAAAUGUUAGCUAAUGUUACUGCUUCCGUUAACAAUGCGAUUUUACAACAGUAGGACACGUAUGUUUGUGUGCUGUGGUAAAUCUGGUGCUUUAUGUAAAUAAAGUUAUCAAAACCAGGAAUUAUGUUUAAGAAUCAUUACUUAUCUUAUCAUUCCGUUCCUUAAAUCGUAGCACUCCUGCGAGAGAAAUUAUUUCGAUCGAAUGUUUCAGAACGUUUGAAACCAAUUAAGAAUCACCGAAUACAAAAUAUCGCCAGAUUCAACACACACACACACACAUACACACACACGCACACAAAGCACUCUAUCUAUCUAUUAUUAUUCUGCGUAUUAAUUGUUUUAUUCGAACAAAUAAUCAAUCGCGAAUGUCAAAUCAAGUUGAAAUUAUAUUUAACGAAUGUUCCUUUAAAUUAUAUAAAUGUAUGAUAGAUACUUUUUGAAUCUAUGAUUAUUUACAUUUCAUUUUCUUAAAAGAUAUUGUGCCUUUCAUACCGUUGUGAAUAAUUUAAUUGACCAUUGCUUAUUAAAUAUUAUUGUUAAAAGCGACGAAAUUUCAAAUGUAUAGCUACAAAAUUUAUUGCACGCGGGCAAACAAAACGAAUGUCUUUUAAUCCUUAAAUAGCACGUUGACAAAUAAUUAUAAGCUGGCAGAGACAAUUUUCGAGAUCCUAAUUGACACGUAUGUAUUAUUGAAAUUAACACUUGUUAAGGUCUCUGCCUAGAAAAAGAAAAAGAAAAAGAAAAAAAAAAGAAAAGGAAAUUAAAUGAACGUUGAGGUUGAAUUUAGUUCGAUAUCAUUCAAGGAUUAAAUCGAAUUUUUCGAGGGUAUAUUUAAUUUUUUAAUUGAAACUUGUUAUUCGAAAUUUUUCUGUAAUUAUCCGAAACGACUAUUACCGAUCAGAAAAUAAUUAAUAAGCGCGGAGUAAGUUUUUCUUGAUGGUUCUAACGUGUGCUACGCUUGUUAGAUCAGUGAUCGAUAAAUAGUAAGUUUGCGUGACGAAAUUAUUGUGUAAGUAUAUCCUGUACGAAAUUGUUAUAUUUCUGUGUGAAUAGUUUACAUAUAAAUGUAAGAUACGUACACUUACAACGUACCUCCGUACGAAAGAAGAAAAGAACAGUACUUGUUUCUUUCGAACACGCUAUUUAUUUAUGUUAUAUACCCAAAACAUAUUUACGGUUGCAUAAGAUGUUAUAAUCAAAUUUUGAAUAUUUAUUGGAUCGAAAUUUGCAAGAUAGACGCGACAGUUUACAGAUCGUAUCCGUGCAUUGCGAUAGAAUUUUAACGAUACAUAAUUAAAAGGGGUAGAAUCUUGUACUUUCUUUUAAAUCAAAUCCUAUAAUGAAGCUCAUCCAAGCUCGUGAAUUAAAUGGUCUUAAAUGAACGUAACCGAUGAAUCGUACGUGUGCGAAUACGUAAACUCGGAAGCAUUUUUACGAACAUUCCGAUGGAUCACUUCAAAUAUAAAAUCGUAUUACAUUAAUGGAUAAAUGUAUAUGCGUAAUAUUUACCAAUGUACCACCCAUCCAAACAGCUUACAGAUAUAUUUCGUACGUGUAUUUAAAGCUAACUUAGAUAUCAUUUAAACGAACCACGCAAGAACGGCAUAGAUUUCUUGUCUAACGCAUGCAUAUGUACAUCAAACUUGAGAUAAUGGAAAAUUAAUCAUAUCAAGUUUUAGUUCUUUCCUCGACAGAGCGAGUGGUUUUCUUCCAAGGUGGUUGUUUCAUACAAUACUUCUAGCAUAUACAAAUAUUAAUACCGUUUUAAAAACAGUACGAGAUAGAGAAUAUGCUAGAUUAUUAAGGGACAAAGAAAAAAAAUACGAUCUAUUGGGUACCUUGCUUUCACAUAUCUUUACGAAAAGACUUAAAAAUUGUUUUUAAAAUAAAUUUAAGAAAGUAGCGUCAGAAUUUAGACACGGGGAAUCUGAUAUGUACAAACUCAUACGAGUAGAGAUAAUUUUAAAACGAAUUUUUUUAUGACGCGUUCCUUUAUAAAACAUUUUUAUGAAACAAUCUAGUUUUACAAUCGCAUCAUAAGGAGAGAUACUUUAGUCGACGUUUAUUAUGCAAUAGUAGUAUAUUUUGUAUUAUUUUUUAACUUAUAUCGUAAACGUACAAGUUCUGGAAUAUACCUAUCAAAACUAUAUAUAAAAAAAAGUAUUUCAAGGGUAUAACUUAUUACAAAGGGAAACGUAUUAAAAAAUAUUCAUUUAUAAGACAACUAAAGUUAUGGUAGAUAAUGAAACGAGUGAGACGUAUGAUUAUGAAUGUACAGUAUAAGUAUGCUUCUUAAAGAUUGUGUGUAGAAAAUAUGGAAAAUCAUUUUGUUUUAUAUCGUAUUUUUCAUCAUGGUGUACCAUUCUUAAAUAUUGUAUGUAACACGACAUGGAGUAAUUGUCUGAACAGACUUUGAUAUGCAUUCGAUAAAAAAAAAACUACGAUAUCGACUGUAAAAAGAAAGGUAAAUAUAAUCGAUCGUU